AUGGAAACCAAUUGUAACUGCAACAAGAGCUUCGCCGACAGUUACAUGUUGUUGAAGCCCGAUGAUGCGGGUUUCUUUGAUCUUCUUCGUAUAUUAAUUUCCAGAAAGGUAUCACACAGGAAGUUUGUGGAAAGCCAUGUAGAUGAUGAUUUGGAGCAAAGUUUGGGUCAUCGAUGGCUCAUAUUUAUUUCUGUUUCAGCUCAGAAGCUUUUGCAGCUUGUGGCUAAGCCAUUGUCACUCUUUGGAACUUGGAUUGAGCAUUUCAUCAAUCUGGUUGCCCUCAACGGUGGUCUAUUAAUAAGGCUUGUUCCCAACCUCAUCAAAGGUAAAUUGGUCUUGCCCGAUCCUAAAUCAGAAAAAUAUUUGUCUUUAAUUGGAAAUUUGGAUGUGCGAAUAAAGUUGGACGUGGUCGACCGUGAAGAUUGUAAGUACUAUCCUGCACUUUCUAUGAUGGCUUCCAAAGCAUCCUACGAGAACGAAGCUUUCCUUAAAACUACCGUCGAAGAUAACUGGAAGAUGGAAUUUGUGGGGCUUUACAACUGCUUUAAUGAAUAUCAAGGAAAGGCCACAACUCAAUUCUUGAUUGCUUUGGAUAAGCAUCAAGAUCGCCACACUUAUGUUGUAGCCUUCAGAGGAACGGAACCCUUCCAUGCUGAUGCAUGGUGCACUGAUCUUGAUAUCUCCUGGUAUGGGAUUCCCGGCGUUGGAAGAAUUCAUGGUGGCUUUAUGAAGGCCUUAGGGCUACAGAGGAACGUUGGGUGGCCAAAGGAAAUUGGAGAACGAGACGAGAGUCUUCCCCCCUUAGCCUACUACCUCAUCAGGGACAUUCUAAGACAAGGUUUGAGCGAAAACAAGAAAGCAAAGUUCAUAGUCACAGGGCAUAGUUUGGGAGGAGCACUCGCAAUACUCUUUGGGACGAUCUUGUGUUUGCACGACGAGGCUUUGUUGUUGGAGAGGCUGGAAGGGAUCUACACCUUUGGGCAACCGAGGGUUGGAGAUGAGGUGUAUGCAACGUAUAUGAGACAAAAAUUAAAGGAACAUUCUGUCAGGUAUCGUAGGUUUGUUUACUGCAACGACCUUGUUCCGAGGUUGCCCUACGAUGACCAGGAAAUGAUGUUCAAGCAUUUUGGGACAUGUCUUUUCUUUAAUAGGCGCUAUGAACUUGAGGUUCUUGAAGAGGAACCAAAUAAGAACUACUUCUCACCGUGGUGCAUGAUACCCAUGAUGUUGAACGCAAUCUUAGAACUCAUAAGGAGCUUCGUUAUUGUGUACCAAAAUGGACCUUACUACAGAGAAGGAUGGUUUCUCUUUGGUUUCAGGACUAUAGGGUUAAUAAUACCUGGCCUACCUUCUCAUGGUCCCCAAGAUUACAUUAAUUCCACUCUCUUAGGAACGAUUGAAAAGCACUUCAAAGUAGAGUGA